UCGAAACGAAAGGUGAACGGCGCGCGACGCCAAACCCCUGGGCUGGGCGAUGAACCUGGAAGCGAACAUGUCCUCGCCGGAGGUGGACAUUGAUGUGAACGUGGUGUCGAGCCCGGAACCGAGCCCCCGGCCGCCGGACAGUUUGCGGGGCAGCCCGGUGCCCAGCGACGAUGAGCGACGCUCGUCGUCGCGCUCACCGGACACCACUCAACAGCUGCAGCAGCAGUUGCUGCUCGCCGGGCAGCACUCCGGCCGGCACACCGUACCACACCAGCCCGGGUAUGUCGCCCAGCAACAGCAGCAGCAGCCGGCGCCGCAGUCGGCGCCGCAGCCGCCUCCGACGACGCUACAGUUAAAGCAGCUGCAACAGCAACAACACUCACCUACACUGCAGCAUCAGCAGUCAAGCCACCUUAGCCCCCCUCAGAUGGGUGCCGGCAGCGGUACCGGAGUGGUCCUGCAGCAUCACUCGGCGAUGGUGGCGGCGGCCGCUGCGGCAGCCGCCCUACACCAUCAAACGGCAGCCGCGGCGGCGGCUGCGCACGGUUGUGGUUCCUACCAGCCGACGGUGGCGACAACGCCCGUGUCGGUGGCGACAGUGCCCGUGUCGACGGCGGCGCCGGCCACACCGGGGCUCAACAGCACCAUCAACAGCAACAACAACAAUGGCAGCAGCAACAACAGCUUCAACCACAGCCCCGAUUCUCGGCUCAGCCCACCCAAAACGCCACCGGAUGCCACCCAACACCAGCAGCCGGCGGCGGCGGCGACCUCGGUACCGUCGCCGACGGUCGGCAAAACGUCGACCAACCCGGGCUACACCAGCUUCUCCAUCUCGAGCAUCCUCAGCCGGACCGAGCCGGUCUCGAAGAAGGGUAUUGGGGUGAUCACGCCCGUACCGUCGCUGCCGCUGUCGGCGGCGGCCGCCGCCGCCGCUGCUGCCGUCUCCGCGACGAACGGGGCCGCCGGUUUCGGGGCCAACGGUGUCGUCACGCCGAGCUCACAGGACGCCGCCAUGCUCUCGAGGCUAGGGUUUAUGUCGCAGUGGAAUGCGAUCGCCAACCGGUAUGCGGCCCUCUGUCCACCGGGCUGGCCCUGGCCCCCGGCCACGUCCCAUCGGAUGCCUUUCCACAGCCCCAACAACAACAACAACAACGAUAACUUGACGAAUGCCAUCGAGAACCAGUCACCCUCGCUGACACCGCCACCCUCGCAGCAGUCCAAGUCGCCCUCGCCCCAUCCGGCCUUCCUCGGUGGUCGAGGAGGCGGUGGUGGUAGUGGAGGUAAUGGCUGUACCGGCGGUAGUAGUGGAGGUAAUGGACCGCAUCAUGGCCUAACCGGUGGUCACGGUCACGGUGGUGGUCCUCAUGGGGUUGGUGGGGGACCGGGGGGCCCCGGUGGUGUCAGCAACGGGGACGACUGCGAAUCGGACGACGAUGGGCAGGAGAUCAUCGAGGAGGACGACGAGAGCGACCGGCCAUCGGAUUCGGCCUCCCCCAACUCCAACGGGAGCGCGAUGCAGGCGAAGCGCAAGAAGAAGACGCGGACGGUCUUCUCCCGGGCCCAGGUCUUCCAGCUCGAGUCCACCUUCGACCUGAAACGCUACCUGAGCUCGUCCGAGCGGGCCGGACUGGCGGCGUCGCUCCGGCUGACCGAGACGCAGGUCAAGAUCUGGUUCCAGAACCGGCGGAACAAAUGGAAGCGCCAGCUGGCGGCCGAACUGGAGGCGGCCAACAUGGCGAACAUGGCGCACGCCGCCCAGCGCCUCGUCCGCGUGCCCGUGCUCUACCACGAGGGUGCAACGGGGGGUUUCGUGCCACCCCCGCCCCAUCCCCACACUCAGCAACUUUACUACACGACGGCGGCGGCGGCGGGCCGGGCCGGUUCACCGCCCCGUCCGCCCCUGUCCUCGCUGGUGUAAUCGAUGGACCGCCGGACGACCGCCGGCACCGGU